AAUGUUAUGCGCAAGGAGCGCAGCGCAGCACGCCACUCUCUUCAAGCUGUCGAGGAGGAGCGCAAUGCCCGUCUACGUGUUGAAGCUGAGCGUGCUCACCUGGAAGCACGCAUGGCAGCUCUCAACGACGCCCAAAAGAAGGGUAGGAAGAAGGGUACACUCAACUGCUUCUAAGCUCCUUCAUCCACCCAUUCCACACCUUUAUCCUUCAUGUACCUGCUUCUUUGCCACCUGCUUCUAUCGGCGCACACUGGGAGGGAUCAUUACAAAACACGCUACAUACCCACUGUUACACUUGAUCGACAAAGUUUGCUUCGACAUUGUCGACGGUUCUUCUUUUUUUUUCCCUUUUACCUUUUUGAUACGUCUUUAUGCUUUCAACGAUUUGUAAUGCUCGCAUUCUGGCACAUACAUCGUUGGACGAGUGGUGUCGUUUUGGACAUUAACAUUUUCCUGCAUUGUACUCCUAACUCUUUUCUCUCCCUCUGCAUACCCCAUAUCCUCAUACCCUCUCCCCCUUCUUACACUUUCUACUUCCUCUACUUUCAUAAUGUAUAUUCUGAGGCAGUUGAACGGCUCGAACAAGGCCAUUUACAUAGUCUGGGGGAGUGCGUUUUUCUCCAACAUUGACGAGCGAGCUUAGAUACAUGACACAAAAUGCAAGGCCCUUUCAUACUGUUCCUU